CCAGGUCCUGUCACACACCUGAGGGCAGAGCCCAAGGACAGGAUAAAAGGGCCUCGGGGCCAGAACACCUCCAUCCACUCCUCUCCUUAGGUGCUGACGACCCUGUGCUGCGUGUGUACAGCUCCUGAAGCCCACCCACCAAGAUGUCCUGCCAGCAGAACCAGCAGCAGUGCCAGUGCCCCGCCAAGUGCCCUGUCCCAAAAUGCCCCCCCAAGUGCCCGCCCAAGUGCCCCCCAGCCCCUCCCUGCUGCGCCCCCAGCUCUGGGGACUGCUGCAGCGCUGGGGCUGGGGGCUGCUGCCUGAGCCACCACAGGCGCCGCAGGUCCCACCGCCGCAGACACCACAGCCCUGACUGCUGCAGCCAGCCCUCGGGGGGCUCCGGCUGCUGCGGAGGGGGCAGCGGCCAGUCCUCUGGGGGCUGCUGCUGACCUGGGCCCUGACCUCUUCUUCUCUCUGAUCUCCAUGAAGGACUGACAGGUCCUGGCAAAAACUAGAGCUCUGGCCUAGUGGAUUCCUCUACCCUAGUGUCCAGAAGCCUCUCUCUAGAACCUAGUUACUGACUUUUUUCCCCAGAUAUGUGGUUGCCUUUGGAAUCCCAAAGAACAGACCCCAUGUCCCUCUGCAACUUAUUGCAUUCUGCUGCCUGAAUUGAAAUAAUAAAUACAAGGUCUGC